AUGGGGAAGAAUAAGAAAAAGGGAAACAAGAAGUCGAACGCUGCUUCCAAAGAGGAUGCGAUUCCAAAAGAUGACGGAGCCAGUAAGCAAGUAGAACAAGAAGAAAAAGAAGAAGUGAUGGAUUCUAUCUCAGCGGGGAGUGAGGGGACUGUACAAGAAAAUGAAGUUUCUUCUCCUGUGGUGGCUGCACCACAGGAAGGCACCAAUGCCAAUGAUACAAUUGAUACUGAAGUUACUGAUUUACGAAAACAGAUUGCGCAAUUACAAGCUGAAUUGGACAGGGCAAAGAGUGAAAAAACAGUCACAGAGAGUGAUACCAACCGUGAUUCAAGUGAAGUAGCUAGCUUGAAAGAAGAGAGGGAUGAAAUCAAGUCUCAGUACGAUACUCUAUUAAGUAGAUUGUCCUCGAUGAAAACUGUUUUCAAUAAGAUGAAAGAGGCACAGCAAGAAUUGGAAAUAACAAAAGAAAGUUUAAAAGAGUAUGAAUCUCAAAACUUGAAGCUUAAAAAUAAGUUAUCUAACGCUACAAAAGAUCAAACAGAGUUAACCACCACUGUGACAACGUUACAUAAAGAAAUUGAAAAUUUAGAGAGAGACUGUGAGAAUAUGACGUCAAAAUGCCAUCAGUACGAAAGGCAAAUUGAUGAAAUGCAAUCACGUUUACAAGCUGGUGACAAAAAUCAUAUGACGCUCCUUGAAACACUUCGUAAAGAUAAUGACAUGUUAUCAGCCAAAAUUCAAGACUUAACUAUUGUUCUUGACACGAGUAAGCAAAAUAAUGCUGAUCUUAUCGAAGAAAAAGAAGAAUCACAACAAACCAUAAUCACUUUGGAAAAGCACAUACAAACCUUGGAAGAGAAAAUAAAAUCUCUUGAAACACAAGUGGAAGAACAAAGCAAAAUUGAUCAAAGAGAAUUAAAUGAAAAAGAACUCGAACUGAAAUCCUUAAGAACUCAGUUAGAUACAACUAUCGAAAAGGAGGCAAAAUAUAAUGAAGAAAUUGAUAGUUUGAAAAAGCAGGUUGAAUCAUUAAAGGAAGAAAUGCAAGUAAAGGAUAGAUUAGAAGGAGAGACAAAAGAACAAGCCAUUCAAAUAGGAAAAUUGAGACACGAGGCUAUCAUUCUCAAUGAACAUCUAAAGAAGGCCCUAGGUAUGUUGAAACAAUCAAGUGACUCCGAAUCCAUUGAUAAAGAAUUGAUUUCCAAUCUAUUAAUCUCAUUUGUGUCCAUUCCAAGGGCAGACCCUAAAAAAUUUGAAGUUCUCGAGCUUCUUUCCAGUUUUUUGAAUUGGGAUGAAGAUAAGAAGCAACAAGCUGGUUUGAUAAAUAACUUAGAGAGAAGUUCAACAACCAGAAGUGUCUCAAGGACUCAAAGUUUUGUUUCGAUGUGGACAGACUUUUUAGAAAAGGAAAGUGAGAAAUAA